UGCUGCAGCCUCCGGCUCCAGCUGUGGACCCGCACCUUCAGACAGCACCGCGUGCUGACGCCGGCGGCUCACAGCCUCGCUGGCUCUCUCUUGUCUUCCUACGGCAUCCAGCCACCAGCAAAGCCGCAAGCUAGGGGAUUUCAAAGACGCCGAGAUCUACCCCGUGGUAGCACGGAGGGUGGCGCCAGCAGCUCUCCCAUCCUGGGCGGAGAGUCCACGCAUCUCUGAGGCCAUCCACUGCAGUGCAACUUCCCCGUUGGCAAGGCAACUUUGGGCUAACCUGCAGUCUCGCUUUAGGUGGCUGGGACCUUUGGACCGUGGGGACAGGAUGGCUAGGACCUACCUGUAGGACCAUCAGGUUCGGAGGGAAGGAUCUGGCGCGUCUCGCACCUCUGGUUCCCGGAGGAGGUGCUCAGGAUGUUCUGAGAGCCUGAAAAGCUUGGACGAAGAUGCAAAGUCUCUGACUGUCCGGGCUCCUGGGCUGGGGGGAUUCCUGUGAAAGGCGUCCCCUGGGGUCUCUGGCACAGCAGCCUUGCGUUGCGCUGGGGUAGGAGGCAGAGCGGCUGACCCUGUCCUGGGACCCAAGUGCAAGGGCACCUCCAAAGGCUCAAAGAAGGUACCUCAAACCGGGAUUUUUACCGUCACCACCGAGAAAUCACUGCCACUGAGCAGUCCCAUGACUGGGCUCGUGCCCUGAGUGAGACUCAGGUAACUUCAGAUUCCCAGGAAGGGGACUUGCACGCCCCACACUUGCGUCCCAAGUGAAGCACAACGGUCUGGUCACAGCCCUUCUGGUUUGUUUCAGGGAGAGGACAGGCAGGUAGACACCUGGACCGAGCACCAGGCCCCGCCCCACGUGCCACGCUUUAAAGAAUCGUAAGACUUAGUGCUCCCUGGAGGUCGCGGUCGCGGUCGCGGACAUGGAGGGCACGCCAGCAGCCAACUGGAGUGUCGAGUUGGACCUCGGGAGUGGAGUGCCACCAGGGGAGGAGGGCAACCGCACGGCCGGGCCACCACAACGCAACGAGGCCCUGGCGCGCGUGGAGGUGGCGGUCCUGUGCCUCAUUCUGUUCCUGGCUCUGAGUGGCAACGCGUGUGUGCUGCUGGCGCUGCGCACCACGCGCCACAAGCACUCGCGCCUCUUCUUUUUCAUGAAGCACCUGAGCAUCGCUGACCUGGUGGUGGCUGUGUUUCAGGUGCUUCCGCAGCUGCUGUGGGACAUCACCUUCCGCUUCUAUGGGCCCGACCUGCUGUGUCGUCUGGUCAAAUACUUGCAGGUGGUGGGCAUGUUCGCCUCCACCUACCUGCUGCUGCUGAUGUCGCUCGACCGCUGUCUGGCCAUCUGCCAGCCGCUGCGCUCCCUGCGCCGCCGAACCGACCGCCUGGCGGUGCUGGGGACGUGGCUUGGCUGCCUGGUGGCCAGUGCUCCGCAGGUGCACAUUUUCUCGCUGCGCGAAGUGGCGGACGGAGUCUUCGAUUGCUGGGCGGUCUUCAUCCAACCCUGGGGACCCAAGGCCUACGUCACAUGGAUCACGCUCGCCGUCUACAUUGUACCGGUCAUCGUGCUGGCCGCCUGCUACGGCCUCAUCAGCUUCAAGAUCUGGCAGAAUCUGAGACUCAAGACGGCAGCGGCGGCGGCGGCUGCCGAGGGGAAUGACGCGGCGGGUGGAGCUGGGCGUGCGGCGUUGGCACGGGUCAGUAGUGUCAAGCUUAUCUCCAAGGCCAAAAUCCGCACGGUGAAGAUGACCUUCAUCAUCGUACUGGCCUUCAUCGUGUGCUGGACACCUUUCUUCUUCGUGCAGAUGUGGAGCGUUUGGGACGUCAAUGCGCCCAAGGAAGCUUCUGCCUUCAUCAUUGCCAUGCUCUUGGCCAGCCUCAACAGCUGCUGCAACCCGUGGAUCUACAUGCUCUUCACAGGUCACCUCUUCCACGAACUCGUGCAGCGCUUCUUCUGCUGCUCUGCUCGUUACCUGAAGGGCAGCCGGCCCGGCGAGACGAGUGUCAGCAAGAAGAGCAACUCAUCCACCUUUGUCCUGAGCCGUCGCAGCUCAAGCCAGAGGAGCUGCUCUCAGCCAUCUUCAGCAUGAGCCAUAGGCCUGGCCCACCGGGCCAGCCGCAGGGUUGGUGGUGUGGACUCCAGUCUUCCCCCGUGGUGGCUGUGCAUGAAGCUGCAUUAGGUGUCUAUUGGUUUGCAUCCCUUCUCUCCUUGAGUUGGCUAGAGCGUGUGUCAUAUUCUGACGUGGGGUGGGGAAAUGUCUCUAUGGGGGAUGAUCGGGUCACUCAGCCAUCAGAGGGUCACCUGAACUCCCACCUGUGUUUCUACUACCCUGACUCAAGUGCUCCUGGGUGGUGGGUGGACUCUUGGACACCUGGCUUUUGUCCCUUUCCCUCUUGUUUAUCCUGGUAUCUUGUGAAAGACAGCACGCCUAGGAUAGGUGACUUGAAGCCCAGUGGGCUGACAAGGAGUGGGAAAUGAGGCUGCGGACGCAGAGUGGUGCUAAUUUCCCCCUGACCUGAGUCGUGUGGACAGAUCUUAGCAUCCUUAGGGCAUCCUGGAAAGCACUGGGAACCGGAAACUGAGCUGGGAGGCUGCCUGGCUCUGAAAGGUGAUGAGAACGAGGCCAAAAUGUUGAAGAUGCUGCUGCUUGGCAAACAUUUAGGAAGGAAAAGGAGAGUCAUCCAGGACAGGUGAGGGAGGGGAGCUGUUUGUACAUGACACUGACCCGUGCAUAUGUGAUCUAGGAGCACUCACAUACAUAUGCGUACGUGCACACACAUGCAAGUAGCCCUUCUCUCCCCCCUCCUCUCCCUCUCUCCUUUCCCCUUACCCCGUCUCUCCCCAGAGCUGACAGAGAAGUAGCAAGGUUAGUGUCAGAUCAAUGUUACAAAGUUUGUUCAUAUUUCCUUAUACUGCUGGUGACCAAUGGGAAAGUGAAGGGGCGUCCAUCCAUAAAAGUCCCAGAAUGAGGAAAGGAGGGUUAGGGAUAACAAGGGAAAUGUAACCCUGCGCCCUCAAAGCUGCAAACAAGAACUGGAGGGAAAUAAAGGAGAAUAGAUAAAUGGGGCCACCUUGCGCUUAUGGGUCAGAGACAUAAUAUUGUUGAACAGAUUUGAUGUAAUCCUCACCAAGAUCCUAGCUGGCUUCUGAAGAAAUUGAUAAAGUGGUCCUAAAAUUCCCAAGGAGAUGGGAAUUGGGGUGGUUAGGAUGCCUUGGAAUUUGUGAUGGGCGCACGGUUCUGAGAACGUAUUAAAAGUUAAUAAACAACCCCCCGGAGGCUGAGGAGCUGCCUCACUCAGAGAAGCGUGUGCUGAGCAAGUGUGAGAACCCAACUUGAGCACCUCAGCGUCCAUGUAGAAGCCAGGCUCAGUGCAUCUUAACCUCAGCCCUGGGGUGGGGGCUUACAGGUGGAUCCCAGACACUUACAGGGCAGCCAGCCUAGCAGACUGAUCAACUUUGAGUUCAGCAAAAGACUCUAUCUCAAGAUUAACUAAGUAAAUAAAAAUAAGGUGGAGAGUGAUGGAGGAAAACCUUUGGUCUCUACAUGUAUCUGUGGAUAGACAACAUACACGAAUGCACGUAUACACACACACACACACACACACACACACACACACACACUAAAACACUAAACUAUAUACACUUAAAAAUGAGAAAAAAAUUUAAGAGCUGAGUUCUGGGAAAACCCAAAUGAUGGAUGACUUUCUUGGCCUAUUUUCCUCUAGUGCAGUUUCCCCUGUGACCCACCAAGUGUCUGCAGGAGAGGCGGGUCCUAUGCUGGCCUGUGAAUGCAGUGCUCAUCCCCGUCUGGCAUUAACGAAGGCCAGAGAGGGAUGUUCCGAGGCUCCAUGCCCUGUCUUCUUUAGAGCAGCAUUUCCCCAGGAGGCUUAAAGGCUUUGUUUAUCGGAUACACAUGCCCUCAAGUGUCCUCUCAGCCUUGAGGGCAGGAUAUGACUCUGUCUCAGAAAUACCAUUGGCUAUUAAAUAUAGGACACGAUUGAAUAUUGGCUCUCUGUCUGUGGCUGGUUACUGUGCAUUCUGGAGUCCCUUUGAAAUACCCAGACGUAAUUCUGGACUUACUGAAAUGUAUCAAGGGCGCUUCCAAAAUACCUAGAAUCUGUAGAUCCACUUUGUCAACCACCCUACUGCCCCUCCCCCACUUCUGAGCACAUUUUCUUCUGCUACACUGCAAUAUUUGCCCAGCCCAUACACAUACCUGUAUGCACACAUGCACACAAGAAUAUGAACCAGUACCGUCCAAUGUUCAGGGAGGAGGGAAGCGUGUGCCACACUGUCCAUGUUCAACACUCACAAUUUAGGGCAAGCUGAAGACAGGAGGCAAUGCCGUUUUUGGACCCAGGGACACUGACCCUCAUGCAUGCAGUGUCCCACCUGCUAGUCCCUGCUCUUUGAGAAGCUAACAAGAUUCUGCUUUGGGGUGUCUGUGCCUGUGUUCUAGACCAUCCUGCUCGCUUGGGUGCAGACAUGACAGUAGGGUGGGAGCCUGUUAGCAUCAGUGCCUUGCAGAUGUUCCGAGUCCCUGGAGUUCAUAGAGAAGUUGCUAACCUUAGAGUCAAGAGGAGUCACUAGGAGUCAAGGGAAGCAAUGACUCAGAUAUUCUGACCACGGGCAGUGUUCCCGAGAGCCCCAGAGGGCAUAGAAACCUACUAGGGUGCUGCUGCCAGUCUAUGUGAAAGCUCUAGCUGGUUCCUUGGGUUUUGUACUGACACCGUAUCUGUUACAUAAGUGACAAUUGACUUCACCAGCAACAUUGGAUUGACACCGUACUGUCCCGAUCUCACGCGUGAAUAUUUUUAACAUUUCUCCAAUUUUUGUUUACCCAAUGAAAGCCAAGGAUCUCUAGGGCUUCCAAACACACUCCCUCCCAAUCUUGCGGCCUGCAUUCUCCUUCCUCGGACCCCAUACUAGACAUCUCCAAUGUCUCUUCCUACUUUCCAACCUGUUUAAAAUCUGUGUGUAGGGUUGGAGGUUGUAUUAAAUUGGAGCAUGCUGAAUGUUCUGGAAUGUUUUGUCGUUCUGACCACAAGGAGUCAGUGUGCAAACUGUGAGAGUUAUUUAGGCCCUGCAAGAAAAGAGUCCUACAUUUAGAAAUCUGUAGCCCCUUUUUUGGGACAAAUCUGAGCCAUCAUUUCAGGGAGCACAAUGGGGUGUGGGUGUAGGCUGCCGGAUGAUGGUCCUGGCUUCCAGUCUGUAACUUUUGUAUUCACUUGCAAUGAGAUGCCCCUCAUCACACAGUGUGAAUUCCUUGAUAUUGUGAUUUCAUGGACAUUUGUGUGAUGCCCAGUGUCCCCUGCAUCUGGUGAGUGACACAGCCUCCUGCUUUACCAGCUGCUUGAUAAAUGGUGCACUUAAUAAACGUUCUUUUCUGUA